AUGCAGAUAUGGGGUUGUGCUCAGUUCAAAUUUGUGAAGAAAUUGAAAUCUUUGAAAAGGCCUUCAAAGACACUGAAUGCUACACACUUCUCACAUAUAUCAGCUAGAGCUAAGAAAGCUGAUUCUGAACUGAUGGAGUUACAAAUGAAAUUACAUGAUGACGCCUCUGAUUCUGAACUUCAAAUGGAGUUAAGGGAGAAGAAGAUAGAGGUCCAAAGACUUGUAGAUGCUAAUCGAAUGUUCUUAUCCCAGCUAGCAAAGUUCAAGUACUUGAAGGAGAGUGAUAGAGGUUCCUCAUUCUUUCAUGGUUCAUUGAAAAGGAACUCAAACAGAAAUCACAUUUCUGCUGUUAUCAAAAGGAAUGGGGAACAAGCAAAUUCCAUUUCCCAGGUUGCUAAUGAAUUCCUGGAGUUUUAUAUCCAGCUUAUGGGUACUGACUUAGUUUGUUCAGAUAUUAAGAAGCUUAUCAUUACUAGGGGUUCCCUGCUGAAUGAUUCACAUAAACAGAAUAUGAUUUCUCCCAUAUCUGAUGAAGAGGUGAAGAUGGCUCUCUUUGACAUUGGGGAUGACAAAUCACCAGGUCCAGAUGGCUUUUUUGCUGGUUUUUUUUUUUUUAAGUUCUGGAACACUGUUGGUAAAGAAUUUAUUCGUGGAGUGAAAGAAUUUUUUGCAACUAGUAAGCUAUUGAAACAAAUUAAUUGCACAGCUAUAGCUUUGAUCCCCAAAUCAAGCCAUGCAUUAUCUGUUGCGGAUUAUACCUAUAUCUUGUUGUAA